UAUCCUCUUAAGUUUCGAUUGGGAGCGCGAAGCACGAGGAUCGUUUACAGCGAGUUAGUCCGAGUCCGCGCAAUGUCUUCUCCAUGGGCGGACCAGCCAUAUUCUUUGAUCUCUACUGUUGAAUUUUCGAAGAAUACCUCUCAUUCAGCAUACUAUGUCGCCACAGAAAUGGCCUUAGCCCACAACGGCAUGAUUCGCGGCCUCAACUCAAUCUACAUCCAAGCAUCCAACCUCCCGCGCAACAAUCCAAAAAUAGUCCAAGACUUUCUGACCUACUGCCAAUGUUGGAGCGAAUCCAUGCAUCACCACCACGACAUGGAAGAAGACAGCUUCUUCCCAGCCAUCGAGAAGCUAACGGGCGUUCAAGGACUCAUGGAGCGCAACGUAGAGCAACACCGUGCUUUUACGCCUGGCUUCGAGCGCUUCCAGCAAUACGCUAAUACGUGCGCUCCGAAGGAUUACGACGCAGCGGAGCUCAAGAGCUUGGUUGAGGGGUUUGCGGAACCCUUGACGCGUCACUUACAGGAUGAGAUUGAGACUUUACGCGGACUACAUGAGUACGAUAGCGAGCGUUUGAAAGCAGCUUAUAAGGAGUUUGAAAAACUUUUGAUGGAUACAGAUAACCAACGUAUUGCUCCGCUUGUGUUCGGCACAGCUGAUCGGGGUUAUGAGGGCGGCAUCCAUGAUUUCCCGUCUGUGCCUUUCUUCGUGCCGUAUAUCAUUCAUUAUCUGUUUGGGAUGAAGUAUCGUGGUGCUUGGCGGUUUAAUCCGUGUACGAUUUGGAGGGAUCGCAGGGAGUUGGCCUUUCCCGGCACAGGUGCAGCUGCGUGA